ACCUGUUAGCAUAAUUUUUGUUGUCAUCUGUGUGUUCAAUAAAGGGAGUGUCAAAUAUAAAAGGUUAUCGCUCAGGAAUGCUUCUUAUCUACUCCUUUGCACAUCCUCACACCGUAAAAUGGAAACCAUACGCUUUAACACUCAGGAGCGAACUUAUUUUCCCAACCGCAACACGAACAGUUUGUUGUUGUCGACCUCUUUCUGGGUGGCGUUAUGGCCACAAUAAAGCCGCUCGAAAAUCCAGGGGCUCGGUUGUGAUCCCUCUCGCCUUAUCACGGACCAAACGGAGGACAAUUUAGAUGAAAGAAAAUCCUGUGCCAAUAACAGCCUCUCUCCGCCUGAUUGAGCAAAGGUUAACUUUCUGUCUAAUGAAUCACGGAAAUGCUUGGAGGAACCCCCCCCCCCCUACUAAAUGGCCUAAUAAUACUCCGCCUAUCUGCGUCAGACCCUGCAAGACUUUAAAGUACAAUAAAAUUCGGAUUUCAUCACGCACACGUAAACAAGGACAGGACAGCUGAUUUGUGUGUGUGCGUUGUUUUUUUGUCCUCAGCAACUCCUAAAGUGUUCCACAGGUCAUAAAUUCUUCCAGAUUCUCCAAUAAGGCUUCCGAGAGACGUGGUGGCAGCAAUAUCAGAAGGUAGAAAAGGAGACUUUGCCUCAGGACCAAGCCAAACUCUCUGCACUCUCAAGCACCGAGGUCACCCUUCUAAUGAUUUUUAGACACCGGGAAAGCACCAUCGGACCACGUAAGGCACUGAACGGUGGUCACCAUGAGCACCGAGAGGCCUGACGAGGUGGUCGUCGACACUUCCUUUACCACCAUUCACACCGUGGGCAGCGGGCACAACGAGGGCCGGCAGCUUUGCUUCAUGCAUAAGGAUGGCAGGUUCCACGUGGUGUUCCACAGGGUCCCCAGGGAUUGGAGUCCAUACCUGCUGGACAUAUUCACCACUCUGGUGGAGAGCCGCUGGAGGGUGAUGCUCCUGGUCUUCUCGCUGUCCUACAUCAUCUCCUGGCUGUUUUUCGGUCUUUGCUACUGGCUGAUCGCAUAUGUGCACGGAGACGAAGAUGUGGACAGUCCCUGCGUGUUAAACGUCAACGACUUCACUUCGGCGUUUCUCUUCUCGAUGGAGACGCAGGCAACCAUUGGUUAUGGCUUCAGGGGGAUGACGGAAAACUGCAUGGUAGCUGUGGUGGUGGUGACGAUUCAGGACGUCAUUAGCUGCCUCCUGGACACCAUUGUCAUCGGUAUCGCUGUCGCUAAGAUGGCGUCGGCGCGGAAGAGGGCUCAGACGGUGGGCUUCAGUAGAUAUGCAGUCGUCAACCAGCGGGAUGGCGUCCUGUGUCUGUCAUGGCGGCUAGGAGACUUCAGAGGGAAUCAUAUCUUAGAGGGCGUUGCCAGGGCGCAGCUUAUACGCCACUCCAAACAAUCUGACAAACCCGUGGUGAUUUCAUACCAGCAUCUGGACAUCCAGGAGCAGGAGCUUGCCCUCGCUACGCCAGCCAUAGUCGUACACAAGCUUGCCCCGGGGAGCCCACUCUAUGAUAUAGGCCCUGACGAGCUUCUGGUGGAGGACUUUGAGCUUGUGGUGUCCUUCACCUACACGGGCGACUCCACCGGUAUGCUCCACCAGACGCGCACCACCUAUACGCCUGCGGAUAUCCGCUGGGCGCAACGGUUCCAGGAGGUGCUCAAAGUGGGCAAGAAGCAUUACAAGGUGGACUAUGCUCUAUUUAACGAGACCACGUGGGUGCCCACCCCCAUGCUGAGUGCCGAGCAAUUUGACCAGCGAAAGACUCGACAUGGCCUUUUGAUGAAGAGAGAACGCCGCUGUAUGGAGGAGGUCACGCAGCAAACACAUUUGUAGAUGGAGCUUCACAUUUGUUAAUAUAUAUUAUUUUUUGUUAGUUUAUUCUAUUUUGUUUCCCACAGGAUGUUCAUAAUAAAAUGUCCGAAUGCAAGUCUUAUUUGUUUCUAUUCCAUUGAUGAGACGAUUGAAGUGGUCAGUUUUGAACGCAAAACAACGGAAACCUCGUUAUCAGCUAAAACACUGCCAUCUUGUGGCCACAGACAGCACCCACUUUU